AUGGCUGUUUGGGAAGAGGAAUCUGCUGGAAUAGAGGAGAGUGUGAGCAAAAUAGGGGGAAGUGGGUCUAGCGAAGCUGCUGAAGGGUUGGUUCAACUCGGGAAAAAUAUAGAUGAACAUGUUCCAUCUGAACAGAAAACCCUCGCAGACCUACUGAAAAAGGUGACUAAGAGUUCUAACCCAAAGAAGAAGGGAAGUUCAAAGGCUAAAACCCUUGGCACUGCUAGGGCAAACAAGAAAAGGAAGGCUGCCCCAUCUGUUACUGUGGAAAUUCCUCCCACAAGAGGUAGAGCCACAAAAAGCCAGAAAAAGCAGAAUGAGGCAGAACUGGAGAAAGCCUUGGAAGAAAGCAGAAGAAAAGUAGUUGCUAAGGGAAAGAAGAAAAUGAGUGAGCCUGUUGAGGCUGUUGAUAUUGAUAAGAUGGACCUAGUCCUUCAUGAGGAUGAGACUGAAGAAGUGGAGGUUCUGACUCCCAAGCCCAAGAUAGCCAAGACUUCCACUAAAAAGUCAAAGUCUGUUGAACCAUCCACCUUGGCAAAAAGAACAAGGUCUGAUGUAAAGUCAAAACAAAUGAAAUUGGUUGAGGAAGAAGAAUGGAGUGGAGAGGAAGAAGAUCAUUCUGAUGCUGGGAAAGAUAAGAUGGCCAAGUUUGGCAAGAGGACAAUUUUGAAGGGCAGACUCCUCAGGGAUUGGGUGAGGAAGGGAUGGUGCUGCUCUUGGAAAAGUUAG